AUUAUGGCUAUGCAGAUAUGGAUGAAUAUAUCGAUGAUCAUACUGGUUAUUAUUCAAGAAAGCUUUAUGAACAAAUUUUUGCAAAUGUGACAUUAACAGAUCAGAAUGUGCUUGAAAUCAAUUGUGGUAGAGGUGCUGGUGCUGCAUGGUGUGUUCAUACUCAUGCAUCUCACUCUUAUAUUGGAACAGAUCCUUCCCAAGAUGUCAUUAAUUUAUGUCAACGACUUUAUUCGACAACUCCUCGACUUUUCUUCGUAGUAGCUGACGCAACAAAACAUUUAUCAUUUGAAAAUGAGUCAAUUGAUAUUAUUCUUUGUAUUGAAGCAACACAUACUUUUGGAGAACCAAUAGCAAUCACACAGUUUGCUAGUGAAGUCACUCGUGUACUUCGUCCAAAUGGAUAUCUUCUAUGGUGUGAUUUUUGUUACAUGAAUGGAUCAGGUACAUCAGUUUAUGAUCUAAUAGCAAAUAAUGAAUUAAUUAUUGAAGAAAAGAUUAAUAUUACAAGGAAUGUUCUUCAUGCACUUGACAUUCAAAAUAAAUCUCGUACUGAUUUCAUUCAACGUUAUAUUCAACCUGAAGAACAAGAACAUUUUCGUCGGUUUGCUGGAUUACCUGGUACUCAAAUUUAUGAAGACAUGAGCCAAGAACGUUCACAAUAUUGGUGA